AUGGAGUACACGGAUCAGGCGUAUCUGACACUGGAGACAGUCGUGAGUCGUAUUCGGGGGGCUGGGCCGUACCCUCUGCCCGAUGAAAACACCAUCAUAGAUGCGAUGAUGGCAGUUUGUAUGAAUCGAACCAAGGAAGAGAACAGUCGAAAGGAAGCGUAUGACGCGGGGGCAGAAGCCCAACUACAAAGCUGCGAGGUGGCAGCGAGAAAGAUCAAGCAGGAGGCUUAUGAGCAGGGUCGAAAGUACCAACACGAGGCUGAUAUUGAGCAACUGAAGAGCAAGGAACGGGAAAUCAGGCAACAAGCGUACAGCGAGGGCUGCGAAGCCCAGCGGCGAAGUGACGAGGUUACGGGGCAUCGAAUCAAAGAGGAAGCCUACAAGCAGGGUCGCAAAUUUCAAUGUGACCAAGACAAUGACCAAGUCAAGCCAAUGUUGAAGCAACACGAGGAGAAGGUGGAGACUUUAGAGACUCGGGUAACUGAGCUCGCAACUGAAAAUGCUCGUUUGAUGAACCAGAAUCUUGCAUUGGCUCUAACUGUCAAGAAUCAAGAGGAGGAGAACGCCAAACUUGCUCAGGAUAUUUCACACAAAGAUGGCAUAAUUGAAAAUAUGCAAGCGAGCUUGAGUGCUCCCAUUGACCAUUCGGCGUGCAAGAACAAGAUAGGCGAGCUUGAACAGCAAGUGGGAACUCUCUUCGGACAAUUUGGAAAGUUUGUUGACAAACUUCGUCUUGGCCCAGUGGUUUGCAUCAAUGGCGAUUACACCGUCCAUAGGUGCGACCAUAGCACAUGCGACCGACAACUCUCGGAGACGAGAGAACAGAUCGGCAAGUUUGAGAAGGCCCAAAGCCUCCACAAGGAGCAGAAGGAUCACCUCAAAACGAGGUAUCGUCGCCUGGAGGACCAGGUUCAGGGCAAAAUUGACGCGGCCGUGGCGGCGGUCAGAAACCGCGUCAUCUUGCCAGUGAAGCCGAAGACCGUGCCGAAUGCAGAGGCUGACAACACAAUUCUGAGAAACCAGCGCAAUGGGCUGAGUACUCAGCUCAAGUCUGCUCAAGGGGCACUCCAGGCGACCAAUGUGGCCACUCGCGGUCUCAAGCGUGAGCUUGACGAUUAUAAAGCCGACGAAGUGACCCGGAAGAUGAAGAAGAUGUUCAAGCCGAAGAAAAGCUCGGCCGCCAACGAUGACGACGGCAUACGUUAA